AUGGCAACAAGAAUAGCGAAACCUACUCGUAUUUAUUUCACAACCUUUCCUCGGAAUAUCAGAACCCCUCAGGAAGCUCAAAUUCUUUAUUCGUUCUUUAAAGAAAAAGGACCCUUGAUAGAAUUCAAAUUUGCGCGGGAUUUAGAAAGCAAAAGGUUGCUUCGUUUCGGAUGGGUUAGCUAUAAAGACGAAAAAAUUUCAGAACAGUUAUUAGCUGAUGAAAUUCACACCUUGCCAGAGCCUCUGGAUUUCGAUAUAAAAGUUCAAAAGUCAACCGAAACACCAGGACCAUAUCGAAUGUAUAUAGAAAGAUUUAGGGGAUUUUACACUCAAAACGAUUCAGAUGAUACAAAAGAACAUGACAAGCAUACACAGAAUGUUUCAGAAGUUUCAGAUGAUACAAAAGAACAUGACAAGCAUACACAGAAUGUUUCAGAAGUUUCAGAAGAUUCAAAAGAACAUGACAAGCAUACACAGAAUGUUUCAGAAGUUUCAGAAGAUUCAAAAGAACAUGACAAGCAUACACAGAAUGUUUCAGAAGUUUCAGAAGAUUCAAAAGAACAAGAUAAAGAAUCGUGCUAA